UUUGUAUUUCAAUAAUUUUUUCUGCACCAAAGGAAGGAGUUUUAAAAUAAAUUACGGGCUAUUAAUAACACGCGCAACAUAAUGGAAUUUGCAUAAUAAAGCCAUUGAGCGGAGAUUCGUUUUUUAAUAAGUGCAACAAAGAAGUGGGAUACAAAAUGGCAUCGUACUAUGUGCUAUCGUUUAUAGUGUUGAUCACCCAUAACAUGGUGAUGAACUGUGCGUCGGCGGCGGUGCACGGGCACAGCGUGGACGCGGGCGAGCGCGCGGCCGACGGCGCCUACCGGCCGCGCGACGCCGGCCACUACAGCGACGGGGUGCACCACUCCGAGUUUGACCAUGAAGCCAUUUUAGGCAGUGUGAAGGAGGCGGAGGAGUACGACAGGCUCAGCCCCGAGGAGGCCAAGCAGCGGUUCUCGCAGCUGCUGCUGAGGAUGGACCUCAACGGGGACCAGUUCAUUGACCGCUCCGAGCUCAAGCAGUGGUUCCUCAAAACAUUUAGGAACCUAUCACGGGAGGAGGCGGAUGAGCGGUUCAGUGAGUCUGAUGCUGACAGCGACGGCCAGGUCACCUGGCGGGAGUACCUACAGGACUCCUUUGGGAUCGACGGCGAGGAGGAUCUUCAUGGAGAGGAGGAGGGCGAGACCGGAGUCUUGGUGAAGGAAGAGAGGGAGAUGUGGUACAAGGCGGACAAAGAUGGGGACAACAUCUUGGACAAAACUGAGUUUGAGGUGUUCAUAAACCCGGAGGAGCACGCGGAGAUGCACGCGCUGCUGGUGCGGAGGCAGCUGCGGGAGAAGGACGGCAACGGAGAUGGAGUGGUCGACUUCAACGAGUAUGUGGGGCAGAGGGGUAACCAGCAAGACAAGGAGUGGUAUAUCUCUGAGCAGCACAAGUUCAAGCACGAGCUGGACGCGAACGACGACGGCGUGCUCGACGAGAACGAGGUCAAGGGCUGGAUCAUACCCAAUAACGAAGAGCUAGCGGAAGAAGAGCUAGAACACAUGUUCGAGCUAGCAGACGACGACCGCGACGACCGGCUCUCCUUCGACGAGAUGCUGCGCCACCACCGCGUGUUCGUGGGCUCGGCCGACGACCGCGACGACCACGACGACCGCUUCGACGACGAACUGUAGGACGACGAGAUGAGCGUGUUUGAGUACUGCUGCAAGGACGCUCUUCAGACGCUCUCGUUCCACACGCUGGUGUAUCUGUAUCUCAGAGGUAGACAGUAUUGAGUACAGUUUUAGUUUUGCUUUAGAUAUUGUGAUUU